UUUCUACAAGUGUUGCUAAUCUCGCGGCUUUUAAAUAUUAUUAUUAUUAUUAUUAUUAUUAUUAUUAUUAUUACUAUUAUUACUAUUAUUAUUAUUACUAUUAUUUAG